AUGUGGCAUUUCACAAAUAAAUGGAAGGAUGUAGAUCAAGAUGGACCAUGGCAUAUCGAAGAAGCUAUAGAGAAAUUUUGUUCAGGAUUUCCUGGUGAACCUUAUUAUGAUCAUGUUAUGGGAUUCAAAAAUGCAAGCUUGGAGAAACCUAAGAAUAUAUUUUUGAUAACUUAUGAAGAGCUAAUAAAAGACACGAAAAUUCAUGUGAAGCGAUUGGCGGAGUUUCUAGGGUUUCCGUUUAUGAAUCAUGAGGAGGAGGAAGUAGAUGAGAUAGUGAAGAAUUGUAGCUUUGAUAUUCUUAGUAGUUAUGAAGUGAACAAAUCUGAGGAUUUCCCUAGUUGGUUUCAAGUUCCCUACAAUUCUUUCUUUAGACAAGGUGUUGUUGGGGAUUAUAAAAAUUAUCUUGAUGCUAAGACAAUUGAAUGUAUUGAUGCGUUAACAAGAGACAAGUUUCAGGGAGCUGGUUUUAUGUAUGGCAUUUAG